AUGCCUUAUCUACAUUCGUACGUCACACAGCACGUGGGCAAUAGACUGAUUUAUGACGAACUUGAUUACAAUGCCGAUACUGAACAAGAAAAUUUCCUUAAUCUAUUUACGAACCUAACAGAUGAACAACGUUCAAUCUUUGAUAAAAUCAUGGAAGUUAUUAACAAACAAAGAGGAUGCGUGUUUUUUUUACAUGAUUAUGGAGGGACCGGUAAAACUUUCAUGUGGAGAACACUAUCAAGUGCACUUCGUUCGGAGAAAAAAAUAGUUCUUACCGUUGCUUCAAGCGGCAUUGCUUCGUUAUUAUUUCCAGGCGGAAGAACUUCCCAUUCAAAGUUCAAAAUACCCGUGCCAACCCUUGACAACUCUACUUGCAACAUUGACAAAGACGCCGAGCAUUCACAGUUGUUUGAAGCAACCAAUUUCAUAAUAUGGGAUGAAGCACCCAUGGCCCAUAAGACUUGCUUCGAAGCAUUGGAUAAGACCCUUAAAGAUGUUAUGGGCAAAAAGGAUCUUGCGAAUACAAUUUUUGAUGGAAAAGUUGUUGUUUUUGGAGGAGAUUUCAGAAAAAUUCUUCCAGUUGUUCCAAGAGUAGGGCAUUUUGAUAUUGUUCAUACUUCCAUUUACUCAUCUUAA